AGGUGGAGACAACGGGUUGCGCCGCCGUUGGUUGGCAACUUCAUCUCGAACACCACUAUUGGACGGGUAGAGACGUAACUGAAAGAGGCAAUGGGAGGUGUGGGUUAGAUACGCCGGCGGCGCAGCGGAUGAGCUCUCUGCUUCCAAGGAGGAGGGCGGCGGAAUCGUGCGACACUCCAGAAUUUUCGGCCUUUCGGACGGCCCAAGAAGAAGAACGUGGGUAUGUGGCGUGUGCAGCACAUAUAUGCACGUCUGCCCAGAUUUUGUGCGAGGAAAUCCCGCUGAGGUAG